UUUGUUACUACUGGAUACCCUACGUUGCUGCGUCGCUUCCUUUUUGAUUAAAUAUGGAUUAUUUCCAUCAUUUUGAUUCUGUGCCUGUGUCCUACCACAACCUGAUCAAAAUUACAAGUAUUAGCCACUAGCUUUAUUUUCAUUCAUCAAUGAGUCAUCUCUGUCGCCUAUGUGUUGCUAUAGCAUGGGUUUAAAUCCAAUCCACUGCUCUUGAGAGAGACAGAGUUAGAAGGCCAUAGAAGAGGCCAUAUGAUCACUUCAAGGUAGGGAAGAAGAAAGGAUCCAUUUCCUAGAGGACAUCAUUGUGUUUCCACAGAGUUCAACAGCAUUCAACAUGUGUCUGAAGACUGGGUCUAAAAUGCAGUUGUUGCCAGUUCACACGGCAGUUUGUUUUGAAAAAUAAAUGGCCUCCUGUGGUCUUUUGGGAUUGGAAAUCUUCUGUGUCAUCUGAAAUGUUUUGGUGGAAUGUGUGUGUGUUUUUGCUGUUUCACUGUGUGCGUUUGUGUUAACUUGUAUGUAUGUAUGUGUGUGGGGGGGUCCUCUUUAUUUGUCUCUGCAGUUUUCACUGCGGUUAUUAGCUUUACCAUCUUUUAUCAGCUGUGACAGUUUUGUCAGUGUGUCAUCUGUGAGACGCUGUGUCCUGAGAUACUGACACACUGUCCAUUGGAGCACAAAACUAAUUGAACAGAUGUUUCUGUCAUUCAGUGAGAUGUACUAGCGUCACUUUUUACUUGAAGCAUCAGGCGAGAGGCUGUUCACCGAGGUGAUUGGAGUUUUGUGGAAGAAGGUCCCCAGUAAUUUGUGUUGACAAUUCCCCCUGCACUCAUGACCAAAAUAACCUCUCGACAGGAUUGAGCGUGUGCGUAGGAAAGUUGUGGAUAAUGUCAUCAAAAUCAAGAGUUAUGGAUUUCCAGUAGAGAUAGGCCUAGUAUGUGCAUCGGUUCUACUUACAGACAGAAUAGGUGAUUUAAAUAAAUGAAGAAACAAAGACAUUGACAGGAAUACCGUGCAAGAAUACCAUUGUUAUUGUGUCUUUGAGGCAGACCAGUUUGUCCUUCCCCUAAAAUGUAUCACCUUUCUUCUUGUGUGUGGGCUGUGUUCCUCGGUAACCACGGGAGACAGUUCCUACAACAAAAGUGGCUGUGCUUCAAUCAAUGUAGACGCCUGCGACAACGUCUAGAUAGACAUUUUGCCAUUUUCCCUUUAUUUUUCUUAGAAAUAGUUGUUCAACUUCAGUAAAAAAAAAAAAAAAAAACUUGGAGGGCGAUUAAAUAGUUUCAUAGUGCCCAAUGCUUUGUUCUACAGCUUGCAUGCUGUCGAAACUUACUUCGUUUUGUUUUGUUUGUAACAGUUGGCAAAUGCUGUAAUAAAAAUGACGACUCAUCAAGAUGGAACUUUGGACCCGCGUCAAUUUGUUAUAAUCAAACCACUUUCGAUUCUUAAACCUUCGGGAGAAAAGAUCCUGGCCCGGAGUAGCACGGUGUGGGCUGCCUGUCACCCGACCAGGGAGCAGGUGUUUUGGGAUAAUUAUUACAGACGACAGCGGCAGCUCAGCCGACAGGGUUACAGAGCAGCCCCUUGGAGGCCGUAUGAGGAGGUCGGACAACCACUCUACCUGGAACCAAAGAGACUCGUACUCGAGUCACUGGGACAACCUGUGGAAGAGGACUCAAAGACUGAUCUCUUACCAGAAGAGGAUGUGUCUAUUUGCACCCCACCAUCAGAUUCCCCAGGAGCAAACAAGAGCCUGACGUUCCGCUGCUCCCAGGCUGGGAGAAGAGAGGAUGCCGUUUCCCUUAGAAAGCAUCUUGGGAACACCCGGCGUUUGGUGUCAGCAGUCCGGUAUGGCCGGGGUUACUUCCAGCUCCUCCAGAAGGAGAAGGAUCAGGAGGAGGCGCUGCAGUGGGAGCAGAAGAGGAGAGAGGAGUGGCAACGUUCCCAACCGCGUCCUCCUUGCGUGGACUCCGACAACGACCCAUGGAGAAAGAAGGCCCAGUCAGUACGACCUUUCACCCCAAUUCACCACUCCCUGACCUCCUCUCCAGUCCCUGAGACACCGCGAGAGCCCAUAUUCCGCCAGCUGUGCUGUCUGAACUGGAUUCUUGAAGCUCUGAUUCUGGACAGGACUGGAAGACCUGGACCCGUCACCUCAUGCUGGGACCCAAAAGACCCUGGAAGAGGCAGAACCACCAUAAAGACCCUGAAUAGAGAAAAAGCCAUUGAGACCAAAUGGGAGCAGUUUGUGUCUCAGCCAAAGCCACGCAGAGCAGUCCAUAGGCCCUCCCGGUCCUUGUCCGGUCGCCUGCACUCGCUGAAGGACUCCUCCCUUAGCGUCGCCUCGUCCUCAGCCCUCGGCAGUCCCAUGCCACUGGACAGCCUGUUCUCCUCGGGCCCCACUGGGACAGAGGAGUCUGUGGCACCAGGAGCUACCGUGACCGGAGCGAGCCAGGAUGGCGCGGCGCAACCCGGAGCGGCGGGGGACUCUGAGACAGGGCCGUCCAUGUCAGAGUACCUUCAGAAGCUCCUGGAUGAGGUCCACCAGAGUGUUACCAAAGAAUUCAGCAGCACCGCGCAGAACCAUGACAAUGGGCAUUUGACUGACAGGCGCAGCAGGACGUCUAUCCACCCCCCCCCUCAGGAAGAGGAAAGCCCAAUACGGCCCAAGAACAAAGACCCACCAAGACCCAAAAGUUGCCCUGCCAAGACUCUGUCAGACACCAAUGAUUUGAUCAGAAGUACCAGAUCCAUGCGGCGGGAUAUGAGGACAGCCCAUGAGGAGAGGGUAGUGGAGUUGGCCCAGAGCUUCAGUGACCGUCUGGACCACAGUGCCAGGAAGCGGUUGGACUUUGGCCUGCAGAGGUUCCAGUCCCUGGGACACUUGACCUACUCCCAACGCGUCCCUCGUCACACAACCCGGUCGGUAACCAAGGCGAAAAACCUUGAGACAGAGAAGGCCUGCAACAACAACAACAUGUGGCUGUCCUCUCUGCUGAGCAGUCUACCCGCAGAAGUGUCCCAGGACAGAAGGGUGAGCCGGGUCGUGGAGAAACUCAGACGUUUCACAGACGAACAGAAUCCCAAGGUGCGAUCCCAGCUGUUCCUCAAGGUGCUGGGUGACCUGCAGCCGUGGGAGCUCUGUCUCCCAGACCUCUGUGUUGCCAUAGAGAUAGCCAGGGAGAAUGUUGUGCAGAUGUCCAGAGAGGAUUAUGACUCCUGGCUCCUCACCAGGGUCACUCUGCCCAAACAGCAUGGACACAGACCGUGAAGCAAGAAAAUGUUGCUGAAAAAGCAGUUGGAUGUAUUCAAACCCAUGCUGUAGCAGUACAUGUGCAUGGCAACAGCAGUCUAGACCUCUGGACCACUCGUAGGCUGAUAGUUUUAUCAUUCAAAGUCUCUACAUACCGACAGACAGUUAUAGUGAGACACAGGGCUGUUGUAGUGAGACACAGGGCUGUUGUAGUGAGACACAGGGCUGUUAUAGUGAGACACAGGGCUGUUAUAGUGAGACACAGGGCUGUUGCUCCCCCUGCUUGUGGAAUUAAGGAAUCAAGUUCAACGAUGACCCACACAUUAUUUUAACACACUAAAUACAUAUUACCCAAUCCAUUGACACACAUUUUUACAUUUGAGUCAUUUAGCGAAACAUCUUGUGCUCUCUUAUGUAUGCAAAUGUAAAUAUACAAUCGGACACAAAUUUACUCAAAUAAUAGCAUGUAGUCUCUGACCUGAUUUAAACGUAAGUUUUAAGUUCAGCACAUUCAACAUAUGUGUUUAGAGCAACGUGCUAGUAACUGGUUGCUGCUUUGUUGUUGUGCCCUUGAGGAAGGCUCUCAGAAUAAGAGCAUCUGCUAAAUGACAUAACUGUAUGAUUCCACGGGUGACUGUGAGCCAAUGUCAUUAUGGUUCCCAGAGGGGCUGGCGUUCGCCAGCGUCAACACUCUUCGUCUCUUGUUAUACCUGAGACACUUGGGCAGAACUGCAGCAACGGCAGUGAGGUCCGGCAACACACUCUUCUUUUACUCAGCACUUCGGGCCUACUUGCUACGCCGAUGAACGAGUGGAAAUGUGGACUCGUUUCAUACGACUUGGACUCGAGUACGACUCAAGUCACAUGUUUUGCAACCUGAGACUUGACUUGUUAAAAAGAGAAAACACUCGCAACUCGACUUCAGCGUGAUGCCUGUGACUCGUGACUUAACUUGGACUUGAGCUGUAUGACUUGAGAGACUUUGUUCAGAUUUCCCAAGUACCUUCCUCUCAUCCUCUUUCACUCCCGUCUGCUGGCACUGCCCCACACUCACAGACCAGUGUUCCAUGUUCUCAACGUGUGGGUUUGGGGUGGACUGCACAAUAAUACUUAACUCUAAUUAGAUUUUUCUCAGUGUCACUCAAACUAGCCCUAGCGUUGAGAUGUCAACGUUAGGUCAUCAAUUCAGACAUCAUUGAUAACUAGCUAUCAUGGCGUCUGUAUCUGAAAAUCAUUACAUUUGUAUUUAAGGACUAUCUGGUGGGGAGGCAAAUGACAGCAGUACACGAAACAUGCUAUAUUAAAUGUACUGAUGCGAUAGCCACAGCAUCUAUCCUCGUGAGACACCUGAAAUCCUACAAAGACAUGUAAAAAUUAAAUUACAGCUGUGCUGCACCUAGCUAGCUAUAAUGUCAGAAAGGGAAACUAAAUUCUACUCUAGGAAUUUUCUGGCUAUUAGCAACUGUCUGAUUCAUGGAGGGUUAUACAGUGAGUUCCUCCAUUCUCAAUAAAAUUUCCAUGGCAUUUCCUAAUUUCUUUAGCUAAAUAUUUCUGGUAAUAUUCUCAAAUGUACUAGCAUGGGGGUGGCUACCCCUAGCAUUUUUUAAACAUCUUUAGUAGGCAUUACAAUGACUGUUUUUUAAAUGUUAAAACAUAAAGACAAUUGACAACAUAUAAAUGCAUAAAGACAACCUACUGAAUAAUAGUAGGUUCCUGUAAGCUAAUUCAGGAAUUCAACGGCAAAUAAAUAUUUCUUCAUCUCCAUCGGACACAAUUGUUCCUAACCAUUGACUUGAGGACUUGAAACAAAAAUGUAGGGACUUGUGACUUGACGCAAUCUCAGCUGUGAGACUUGGACUUGCGUCUUCUAUUGAGACUUGCCCAUUGUUACUUGGGAUUUGACUUAGGACUUGCAAAAAUAUGACUUGGUCCUAUGUCUGUGAACUAGAGGUUAUGUGAUAGUACCUAUAACCCAAACGAAGAUGAGCUUCACGUACUGAGCCGCCUCUGUGUAAUCUCCUGCCCUGAGUAUAUAACUGUCCCAUCCUCUCCUCAUCAUGCCUUCUCCCCUCAGUCACUCAAGGACUUAUCGGCUUGUUAAUCAUAUGUAAUUACAUUCUAGGUGUGACAUUACACAUACAAAUGAUGGCCCUGUCCAUCCCCCUUAAUUUAACCUUUUCUCCUUUUCUCAUUUCCCACAAGCACCGCCCUUCCCUUUCCAACAAAUGUCCCCAGCAGCAAUAAAAAAAUGUUUUGUUGUUGUGGUCUGUUAUUGCAAUCGGACCGUGCCACGCCCAGCAGCUUGGCCUUUACCCCUUAUCCCGUCAACCCGGCUUGUCAUGUCUUGUAGAUAAUCCUUUCAUGGAUGUAUAAAAAGCUUGAGCCUUGUGAUUUUUUCAUCCUGUUUGAUAAAGAUAAUGAACCCUACCUGGUAAGAAUUGAGGUUGAGAGCUAAUCCAAAAUGUUGUUUUGUUUUUUGAAACUGUCUGUAGAGUGAAGCAAAUUUCACAAAAUCGUAGCAGUAAUUCUGUCUGUGGCUUUAUGUGUAGUGUCUCAAAUACAAGUAGCCUGGCCUGCAUGAUUGCAUGACUGCAUGAUCACAAAAUCAUGUCAGUAAUUCUGUCUGUGGCUUUAUUUGUAAUGUCUCAAAUACAAGUAGCCUGGCCUGCAUGACUGCAUGAUCACAAAAUCAUGUCAGUAAUUCUGUCUGUGGCUUUAUUUGUAAUGUCUCAAAUACAAGUAGCCUGGCCUGCAUGACUGCAUGAUCAUAAUGUGUGUUUUUCCUAUGUUUGUGGUCAGGAGGGAACUUUAUAGCAUUCUUAUCAUCUGUGAUAAGCUGUGUUUGUUCUCUCUUAGAUGGAUAGUGAGAGCUGGAGAAUACACACCAUCGCCAGGCCCCAUGUGCCCCUGGUAGGGUGUGUGUGGGAGGUUGAGAGUCAAAGGCCUUGUAGACAUCUAGAGGGUGAAAGUUCUGUGAGCCAGGGGGGAGAGCAGGAGAGGGGGGAUGGGGUAGAUAGGGCGAAAGGGGGAGAAGAACGGGAAUGGGCGUCGAUCACACAUUUCAGGAAUGCCACAAUGUCUGAGUUUAAACACUAGGGGCCGGCUAGUGGAGGGGGAGGGGAAGAUCCGCUCCUUCCAGCCUCUCAUUCCGGGUCAGAGUACCCAGUCCAAACCACACUUGCAGGGUCAGGCAACGUCCUGUCUUUUCUGAUCCCAUCUAGGCUGAUGAGAGGUCUAGAACAGGAAAACAAACAGAAAAGCUACGUGUUAUUUGUGCUGGUUUGAGCCCUUGGUAAUCUAUCUGAGUUACUGGAGAAUGGACCAUUUUGCACAGUUCUCCCCCGUCUUUGUCCUUGUGCCUUUUAAUUAUCUCUCGGUAUCAAUAGCUCAACAACUGUCGGCCACUGAAAAUACAAUAUUUACUCUACAAUUACCGGCAGCCCUCUCUGCUCCUGCUUAGUUGUGAAACUGGACUUGGCAGAAAAGGGGAGAGAGGCAUGUUUUUACAGAGUGGAGAGUUUAUGAAAUCAAAAGGCUGGAGUCUAGUCAGACGUAAUGCUGAGUAAAAUAUGUUUUACCACAAACUAUUACUCUUUGGUUAAAAAAUUUGCUCUAAAAAUUUGAAUGUUGAGCAAAUGUUAGAACUGUUAGAUAAAUAAAAUUGCUGUUCACACGUUAACAAGACAGCGCUUUGGUUCAUUUAUUGUUUCUGUAAAGUUAUUCAGCUUGUGUUGCUGCCUUUGUUCAUUAUAUUGACGUAAAUAUUUUUGAGAGUGCUAGUACUGAAAGAAAAAAGGUUCCACUUCACCAGAACCAUUUACAAAGCUAGUCUUUCUCUUAUCUCCCCUUCGAGUCACCUUGCACUGGCCACUCACGUAUUUACACACUGGCUGUGCAUGUGCUCCCUGCCAACUAAUCUAAGCAUGUUUUCCACUAACUCCUAAUUAAAGAAACAGUGUUGGAAGUGUUAAAAAUGUGGUUAAAAGAGUGUGACACACUAAAUAAUGUCAGAAAUGUCACUGUUCAGUUUUAGUGACAUGUGACUCACUCAGCCAGUCACCACUGACCUGCUGAAGGCUGUCUUCACAGCUAGGAGAUGGAAAUAGACUUGUUAAAUGUGAACUACACGUCUGUGCCGUAUUACAGCUGAGAGUGUAAGAGGGCCACACUACAGAGUACAUAUUGAUUUCUGGAAAAUGUUCUGGGCUCUGUACUCCAGCACUGUGAUAGCACCUGGGUAGAAUAAACAGUAAAUCUAAAUAUGGAUAAAACUACCUUCAAAUUGAAUAUGAUAGUCUACACUUACCCUACCGUUGUUGUAUUGUUUCAAAUUGAAAGUGCUGGAGUACAGAGUCAAAAGUGACUGUGUUCACAUACUUUUAAAGUUCACCGUAGACAGUGUAAAAACAGUAGUGUCUUUGUUCUUGCGCAAUAUUUUAUUCUCAUCAAUCAAACAGAUCUGAAAGCCAAAGAGAAAAACCUAUUGAUUCUGUAAGAUUGUUGGAUAUUGCAACAUUUCAUUUCUGUUUUUACACAGUGUAGCAGCACAAACUGGGACACAUUGAACUGGCACUCGCCUCGACAGGUCAGGAUGUCUUGUCAUGUCGGUGGGUGGGCUCAAAGAAGUGAAGAAAUAUGGGGCAAGCAAAUAUCCUUGAAGGUAAUAGUGCUCUGUAAAGACUGAUUCUUACCAUCCUAGCGAGCCCAGACAGGUACUUAAAAGCAAGACACAGUGAGUUUGCUGCUCAGUGAACGAAAAUGAAAAAAAUAAACUGUGACCCCCUCUCUGUCCUCUCGUUCUUCUUGGUCAAUUACUUUACAACCCAGUGUUGGUCAAACAAUUUUUUUUGCCUAGAGGAAAGGAUAUUUUCCUAGAUUAAAAUGAAAUUUUCGUAGAUAAAAAACCUAGAAUUUGAAUUGUGAUCGGAUAGUGUGGCACUUGACAGUUGGGGUUUGACAGUUAGUGUAGAGACUGGGGGUUGUUACCGAGUUAAAAACUGUUUAGAACAAAAUGUAUUUAGGUGUUUAGAUAUGUGGUUUGUAUCCUCAUUGACAGAAGAUACUGAUGCAGUGUUCUGUGUUCCUUAUGCGGUUUUGGCUUUUAUGUGGGUUUCCUCAGUAGAAUUAUAGAGAUGGGUUUACCAGAGUGACUCUGCUGUACUGUGGCUUUUGAAGGGAGGCUGACAUGGGGAAGUUUGGCUUUUUUAGGAGAGAUUCGGUAUGUUUCCAACAGACAGGCAGGCUUUCUAGCAAAGUUGACUUGCCACAUGUACAGGAAGUGUAACCAUGGCAAUGCAGGAGUGUGUAAUCGAUGACGUACAUGCGCUUGCUCCCUGCCCACCAGUCACAGCUUUUAUUCACAGCAGUAGACUGGAGGAAGUGCUAUGACCCCAUUAAUAUAUUUAUAUCUAAUGUA